CUCAACCAUGAACAAUCUUGUUUCUCGAACUGCUGAACUGAGUACCGGAAGGCCGAAGCUGAUCUCCACUUGAGGCAAAGGCAGAUCGAUGUUGGUUGGCAAGAUGCUGUCGGAAAACCGAAUAGCCUAUGCUAAGGCGAACGGAGCAGCCCAAUAUGCUUGGGGCACGUAUGGGGAGAUAGGAGUUCAACCAAUAGAGAACACUCCCAAUCUGUUCUUGUUCACUUUCCCAAGUGAAGAAAUUUGGGAGAAGGUGUGGCUUGCAAGACCGUGGAGCUUAUCCAAUACUCUCACGACAAUAGAGAAAUGGAAUGGAAGAGGGUUGCCCAAAGAAGUCCCUCUUGAUCGCCUUGCAAUGUGGGUGCAGGUUCAUAGGCUUCACCAGAACAUGAGAGUGGAAAGCAACAUUGAUGCUAUUGGAUCACAUUACUUCCCCAAAUUUAUUGAUCUGGACAGGAGCGGGCUAGAGUACAACGACUACAGACUCUUCUCCAGAAUGCUUGUAGAGGUCGACUUGAGAGAGCCAGUCCCUACUGGUUUCGACUUCCCUUUCACUGAUGAAAAAACUGGAAUUGAAUACUGUGAGUGGGUUUCUUUCAAAUAUGAAAGGCUCGUCGAGCUUUGCUACUUCUGCGGCCGGAUCGGCCAUAACUGGCCUACUUGUGGGCUGAUGGCAGAGGAAAGGAAGGUUAAUAGAGAGGUGGGUCUAUCUGAGAUCUACAACUCAUCUCUCAAGGCUGGAGUUGACUCGCCGAGAAGAGUUUCGCCGGCGAAUGCACGGAUUCAGCGGGGGGAUGGUUUCUCCCAAUCAACGACGGAAAGAGAAAGAACUCGAUCGGAGAGGCAGAGUCUCCUCUGAUAUGAUUUCAUUUGGAUCGGUUUACAAGCUUGAAUUGCUUGAGCAAGAAGCACACUUCAUCACUAACAAGAACCUUUAUUUUUGUCCAAGUAUUUUAUAUGUUCCAGGUACACUACUUUUCACAUGUGCAACUCGGGAUACUUUCAAUGAAAUGAGGCGAAUGGU